AUGUCGAGUUCACCCCCAACAACUCUUUCACAUAGACUGCACAGAGAUUUGACGGCUACCACAGUCAGUGAUCCGCCAGCCCUUGCUCGGUGGGCUGUCUGUUUAAUAUUUCUCCAAAUUUUGUUCGAAACGAUACCUUGCUUGUUCUGCAUAGGAAAUUUCUACCGGAUAUGCAGCGCAUUCUCUUAUGGGGCUAGAAAACUUGGGGGUAUACUUCUGCAGCAAGAUCACAUUCUUAGAGAGCUUCAAAAUUUCUUUUCAGACACUAUAGAGAGGCACAGAAGUGGACAGAAUGAUGUUCAGAAUCCUGAUCCAUCGCCAUUUCAGACUGCUAAAAGCAGUGGCCUGCAUCAUCAUCUCCUCAGAGAUGCAGAUGAUCUUCCUACCUCUGGUAUUCAUGGCCUCAAAAUUUCAUGUGAUUCAUCCAAAGUUCAUACCCAAAUAAUCCAGGAGAGUGUCAAUGUAAUAGCUAGGCCCUUUUAUGCGCCUCAUCAAUUUUUUUCUGACUCCAACUCACAUAAUGGCAGUGCGAAGAAUGGGAACCCAGGCUCAUAUCAGUUCAGCCACUCGGAGAAGAAUGUUCAUUCUGAGGUAUUCCCAGGGUUUGAUGAACAAAGAGUCGCUAUUGCUAGAAACCUGGACAAAAACCAUUUGGUAAAAGAAAAUGAAAUUGCGGCUCCUGAACCAAAUGGUAGUUUAACUCGGAAAUCGGUUGCCUGUUCUGAAAAUUCAAAUCAUAUGAUCUGUUAUCAGGGUUCAGCGAGGAGCAGCAGGAGUUCAGAACAUUUAAACUCCUUGUCGGAUCUUAGUGGAGAUUAUGACAGUUACUUGUAUUAUUUGCAGUAUGGUCAGUGGUGUUAUGAACAUGCUUCUGGUAUUCCUUCUUCACCCAUGCCUCCACUGCCACCCCCUCAAUACAAGAACAAGAAUUCGGGGAAUGGCCUCAGGCAUUCAUCUCAAUUCAAGCAGAACGCAUUUUCUAAUAGGCGCCCUGAUGUUUUUAUUCCAAGUCCAUCAGCAUAUGCAGUAAAACCGGUACUAUUACCUGCAAUGACCCAUGCUUUUGAAGAAAUGCCAAAACCUCGUGGGACAGGAGCAUAUUUUCCAAACACGAAUCAACCCCUGCAUGGUUAUAGGCCUUCUAUGAAUGUAAGCAAUCAAGGGACAUUAAGGUCCCCCAGGAACAAUGGCCAGAACAUGAUGCUAGUAACCAAUGUGGUUGAUGAUAGAAGCAGCCACGAGAUUUCACAAUCUCAAGUCCCAGUUCAGCAAAAUGGUGUGAAGCACGGGGCAUGAGAUAGCCAUCAGUCAUUUACUUCUCGUGUGGAUGGGCAUCCUAAUGUGAAUUGCUUGGCCUUCCUCCCUGAGGAAAUAGUUGGAUUUGAUGAAGUUGGACGCAUCCCAUUUGGAGCACUCUUGUUAGAAAGGAGUUGGCAACAAAGAUCUGACACUUCUCCGCCUCGCACUCUUAAUCCAGUUUCACCCAGAUGCAGAGGUCAAAUCCCACACUGAGCAGGGAUUAAGAUAGGUAAAAGAAUUUCCACACAAUUUUGUAUGACCAUAUCAUUUUACAGAUGUUGCUGGUCUUCUGUUUAUGUUUCUUUCAUUUUAUUUUUCGCUCUGAACAUGAAGGUUUUCAUUGUAGUCAUCAUAUAUUUUCAAAGAUAAAAGAUGAAUUCCCUCCACUAUCCAUCUGAUUUGGUAAAAACACAUGCUCAGUUAUACGCGUCACUAAGAAUGAACUGGUACAAGAGGUUUUCCAUGUCAGCCAGAAAUUUCUGCAUCUGUGGCUCCUCCACAGGACCACAGCCUUGUCAAAGAUGUAUAAAAAUGUGCCUGACUGUACACUCUACUAAAUAUUUCCCCUAGAUUGACAAUACAGGUCCAAAUUGAGUUGUG